CUCCUUUCCAGAUGCGCCGUUGCCUUCCUCCUCUUCCUCGCCAUGGUCGGCAUGCCGCUGACCAUGUUCGUCAUCCCGUCGUGCACCGGUCUACCAGUCUGGUGCUCAUUGUCAUGUUGAUGGGGCUGUGCAUGGGGUGCAUCGACUGCAUUUCCAACCUUGGGAUGAUCAACCUCUUCAAAAACAACGUCUCACCUUUUCUUCAGGCCAUGCACUUUUCUUAUGGUAUGGGAGCUUUCUUAAGUCCGAUGGUCGCUGAACCAUUCCUGCUAAAUGUCGACUGUUCGCCGUUCAUCGAUGGCUAUCUCGUACAGAAUCUGAAUUCAAGCCACAACAACAUGACCGUAGUAACUGUGCCGCCGUCUCCCGACCAGUUGCUUGUCCUACAAAGGGAGAGUAGACUCAAAAAUGCCUUCUACAUCAUCGGAGCCAUUCAAUUACCAGUAACCAUAUUAGUGGCGUUUGUGGUGUUUAAGAAAAGUCUGCAGAUGACAGGAAACUUCAUAGAGCGAGCAAGUGCCUACAUCAAAGAGUCUAGAUUACAAGAAACACCAAGAGAAGAUGGCGCAUCAUUUACUUCGAGGUGUUUCACUUGUGGAUCAAAUCAGACCAUUAUUCUGACACUUCUUGCUGCUGGGGCCAUGUUUUUAUUUGAUGGCUUACAGUCAUCUUACGGAGGAUAUGUGUAUUCGUAUUCCGUGAAAUCUGUGACAGGACUAAAACAAUCAGAAGGAGCCGUACUCAAUGCUUGUUUUUGGGGUACUUUUGCUCUUGGCCGUCUCAUUGCCAUUGUGUUGGCAUCGAGGUUCACCGCUGCUUUCAUGCUGCUUGUUAACAUUGUUGGUGCGUGUGUCACUAUAACACUAACGAUUAUACUGAGUGGCAACCACAUAGGCAUCUACCUUGGAUCAUGCUUUCUGGGACUCUUUCUAAGCAGUGCUUCCCCAACUGUUCUCUCGCUGACAGAACAAUUUGUCAACAUUAACUCUUCGAUCACAUCAACACUGGUGGUGUUUGCUGGUAUAGGAGAAACACUUUGUCCCGUCAUCAUUGGCAAUGUAAGUAUGACAUGGCCGGAGGGAGGUCUAGGGAGGUUAU